AAAGAACUCGCGUCACUUGGACUUUGCUUAAAGAUUCUCUCUCUCUCUCCAUGGAUCGCUUGAUUCGCUUCUUCUCGCCGGAUUUCAACUCUCCGACGAUCACUCCCUCUAACUUCUCACCUUCAGUCAAUUAUCGGGCGAUCACUCGCCCUCCUCUAUCGCCGGAGAAGAUGGAAUCUCUGCAAGCUGUGGAGAAGAUCGUCAACUACAGUUUCGCUAACAAGAGUCUUCUCGAGGAAGCGCUUACGCACACUUCUUGCGUCGACUUUCCUUCGUACGAAAGGCUUGAAUUCGUAGGAGACAGCGCCAUAGGUCUUGCCUUAACGAACUACUUGUACCUCACUUACCCUAACGCCGAACCGCACGAGCUGUCUCAGUUGAGAGCUGCUAAUGUUAGCACCGAGAAAUUCGCCCGUGUCGCACUCAAACACGGUCUCUACCGCUUUCUUCGUCGCAACGCUCCUUCUUUAGAUGAAAAGGUUACAGAGUUCUCAGAGGCGGUGUGCAAAGAAGACGAUUCAGUUUACUAUGGUGGAUUAGUGAAAGCUCCCAAAGUUCUCGCUGACCUCCUAGAGUCUGUAGCCGGAGCCGUUUACAUAGAUGUCAACUUUGAUCUGCAAAGAUUCUGGGUGAUCUUCAGGGGUCUUUUGGAACCUAUAUUUACACUGGAUGAUCUCCAGCAGCAACCUCAGCCUAUUAGUAUGCUUUUCCAGUUAUGUCAUAAACACGGCAAGAGACUCGCCAUCAGGUAUCUGAAAGAGGGCAAAAGAAAUAUCGCUGGUGUAUAUCUCGAUGACGAGUUUUUUGCUUCUGGGAGUGCUGAGAACAAAGAUACCGCCAAGCUGUUAGCUGCUAAGGAAGCACUAGGGAAGUUUUCAGAAUGUUCGCCUAUUGCAAUGGUUAUUGAUGAGGGUAGUGUAGAGGUUGACCUUGAAGAUGCCAAAAGGAAGUUGUAUGAGAUUUGCUCCAAGAAAAAGUGGCCUAAACCAAUUUACAGUAUUGAGGAAGAAAGAGGGUCGGCAAAUGGGAAGAGAUUUGUGUGUUCAGCUAGAAUAAAGAUCCCUAGUGAAGAGAGUCCGUUAUAUAUGAAGGGGGAUGAAGAAUCCAAGAAAAAGAAAGCUGAAAACUCCUCAGCUUACCACAUGAUAAUAGCUCUAAGGAAAUCUAAUUAUCUCUAGGGGGUUCUUGAAUGAUGUUGUUGUAAAGUUACAAAAGUGCAAUCUGAGUCAUUCAGGAAAAAAAACUUCUAUCAGGGUGAUAGUUGAGAAGAAGAAGAAGAACUCUUGUCUUGUGUCAGGCAAAUGUCUGUAUGUGUUGUAGUAGUCGGUAUUACUUUGGUUUUUGUUACAUAAGUAAUUGAUGGGAUGUCCUCCUU